AAUUUUUGGCUAAAUUAAAAACUUUAACUUUAUAUCCGCCAGCCUUAAUUAGUGAAGAAAAAAAAAGCAACUUUCUCAAGGAAGAAAAUAGAAAAUUAAUAAAAAAUUGUUUCGGAAAACCCUUAGCGAGGUGCUUACAAGAAAGUGCUAAUUUUAAGCAAAAAAAGUUAAAAAUUGGCUUAAUUACUGGAAAGAUUUCACCUUCCCAAAAAACGGAAUUUAUUAGUGCUUUUCAAAAGGGAGAAAUUAAAAUUUUACUGUGUAACAUUCAAAGUGCGGGAAUGGGCUUAAAUUUGAGUCAAGCCGAUAUUGCCAUUUUUGCCGACCGUAGUUAUUCGCCGGCCGAUAAUGAGCAAGCCGAAGCACGUUUUCUCCCUACCCAAGAUAGCGAAAAUCCUAAAUCACGCCUAAUUAUUGAUUUAAUUUGUAAGGGGACGAUUGACGAAAAAAUUUCCAACCUUUUAAAACGAAAAAAAGACAUUACUAAAAUAAUCACUACUAAUUUAGAAUAUUUGUUGUAG